CAAUGACCAGGCCAGAGACGCGCAUGUUCUCUUCUAUAUCACCAGGAAUAGGUCUUUGAACUGGACCCUUCAUUUGCAGCACGUAGACUUUCCCUUAGAAUCUCAUGGCGUCGAUCCUACGACAGAUUGUCGCUGGUCCUAGACAGCAGCAUCCCGAAGCAGGCUUGGAUCUCUGUUACGUGACGGACAACUUGAUCGCAACAUCCGGUCCAUCUUCCAACUACCCGCAGCGCGCAUACAGAAACCCCCUUGACGAACUGGUCAAGUUCCUCGACUCCAAGCACGGCAGCGACUGGUGCAUUUGGGAAUUCCGUGCGGAGGGCACGGGAUACCCCGACUCGGAAGUAUAUGGCCGGAUCCAUCAUUACCCAUGGCCGGACCACCACCCGCCCCCGUUUGCUCUCCUUCCCGCCAUAACGGGGAGCAUGCGCAACUACAUCCAUCGACUGGAUGAUCCUCAGUCUGCAAACAAACUGAAAAGUGACAACAAGCCCGACAGGGUUGCCGUCGUUCACUGCAAGGCGGGAAAGGGCCGCAGUGGGACCGUCGCCUGCAGCUAUCUGAUCAGCCAGGAGGGAUGGAAGGCGGAGGACGCACUGCAGCGGUUCACGGAGCGCCGCAUGAGGGUUGGGUUCGGUGCCGGUGUCAGCAUACCUAGCCAGAUGCGCUGGGUGGGGUACGUCGAUCGGUGGUCGAAUCAGCUGGAAAAGAAGUACAUUGAACGGCCGGUUGAGAUCCUUGAGGUACAUGUCUGGGGCCUCCGAGAUGGGGUCAAGGUCGCCGUGGAGGGUUAUGUCGACCAGGGCAAGAAGAUCAAGAAGUUCCAUCGAUUCCACAAAACCGAGCGCACGGUCGUAGACGACGUGAAUGUGACACUUUCCGAAAGCAAGAAUGAAAACGCGCACCCGCUGCAGCAGAAGGGGAGCAGCAACAACAACAGCAACAGCGGUAGCCCCGAAGGAUCAUCCCCGACAGGUACCUCUACCCCCGAAAACCCGGCCGAUUCCGCGACACCGACAACAACAUCUUCAUCAACAGGUUCAACGUCAGCCAAACCCCAGAACAACCAAAUCAAACACAUCUCCAACGCCAUCUUCCGGCCCCGGCAGCCAAUCGUCAUCCCCACCUCUGACGUGAAUAUCGACUUCGAACGCCGUAGCAAGGCCGCCUACACAGGCUGGGCGAUGGUCACCUCAAUCGCGCACGUCUGGUUCAACGCCUACUUCGAGGGCGGCCAUGAGCACGACUCCGGGGUAUUUUCAAGCGAGUGGGACGCAUUGGACGGCAUCAAGGGUACCACCCGCAAAGGCGUCAAGGCCCUCGACCGCGUCAAAGUCGUCUGGCGCUACGCUCCCUCCAAGCAACACGGCAGUGAUGAGAGGAGUAGCAUCGACCAUACGACCAACAACGGAGCCACCACCGUGGACGAAGGCCAACCCAUCACCGAGCCCAAACCUGGUGAGCCAGCUCCCGAAACCCAACCCCCGGACUGGCACAUCCAUGCGACCGACUCCGACCAACAGGAGAAUCUGGACCCCGCCGAAUGUGGUAGUGCUUCAAGGAACCCGAGCUCCUCUUCCUCCUCUAAAAAGGACCACGGCCACCAUAAACACAAGCACGGACACAAAUCCUCGAUGGCGUCGGACCAUUCCAUGGCCGCGGAGCUGACGGCCACAGCCGCAGCGUCGAUCCAGGACUGGGGGAAACAUCUCGGGUUACGGAAGCAGACAGACGAGAGUAAGGAUGUCAGUCUAGCCGGGAGUGAGGAUGAGGUGCGAGAGUCCGGGGAAGGAGAGUUGUUGAAGCAGACGACGAAGAAGACGUGAAGAUUACCGUAAACUUGAUCUUCUUCCUCCCUAUCGUCUGAAAAG